CACACAUACACUUUGUUUCCAUGUUCAUAUUAGAUGCAGAACAUCGGAAAGACAUGGUGUAUGACAUCAUCUAAAAGGGACGUAUCCUGCUCUGGCUCGACUGUUCUUUGGACUUCCUUAUGACGCUUGUGAUUAAAGGAAACGAUAUCACACCCAUGCGCUUAGAAACUUCUUCCUCCUGCUUUUACUUGUUCAGCCUGACUUGACUAGAAAGUUCCAUGGACUGUUGAGGAGCCUGGUGAGUUAAACACUCGUGAUCAGUUGUGAGUGCGGUGUGAAGUACGCGGUGCGCACGUGUUUCCCUACCUCUGCGGAUAGCCGUGUGUGAAGCCAUGCUUUGAAUGUGGAGGGGAACUCUAGACCUUGGUGGGGGAGGAGCUCUCUGUCUGUGCAUGACACACACACACACACACAGACACACACACGUGGGAGCCAGAGUGUCAGCUCUGCCAUGGCAGCGACUGUAAGUUGCACACUCCCCGGCUUUCCCUCAGGUGCUGGGAUUUAGCCUGCGCUCAUAUUUCUCUCUGGACCUUUUAUCUGGAGUCGACUGGAUUAAGGAGGACAUGGUUCAAGAGAAAAAAACAGAGGGAGAGGUCACGCAUUCUGGACUGAAAGAGGAGUAAAGCAAACUGAGAGAAUGUGGCCGGACUACUAUAACGAACAGAGGCUCAAUGCUCACCUGUUCACGCUCAUGUGCUGCACAGAUGAGCGAGACAGAGUGCAGAAGAAGACCUUCACCAAAUGGGUCAACAAACACCUUAUCAAGGUGCGGAAGCACAUCACAGACCUGUAUGAGGAUCUGCGAGAUGGACACAACCUCAUCUCUCUGCUGGAGGUGCUGUCUGGAGUCACGCUGCCCAGAGAAAAGGGCCGCAUGCGAUUCCAUCGACUGCAGAACGUGCAGAUUGCCUUGGACUUCCUCAAGCAGAGACAGGUCAAACUGGUCAACAUCAGAAACGAUGACAUUACAGACGGAAACCCAAAGUUAACUCUAGGCCUGAUUUGGACCAUCAUCCUCCAUUUCCAGAUCUCUGAGAUCUAUGUGAGCGGUGAGUCUGGGGACUUGACAGCCAAGGAGAAGCUUUUGCUAUGGACUCAAAAGGCCACCGAGGGCUACCCUGGCAUUCGCUGCGUCAACUUCUCCUCCAGCUGGAGCGAUGGCCGCAUGUUCAAUGCCCUCCUGCACAGAUACAGGCCAGACCUGAUUGACAUGGAGCUGGUGGCACGCCAAAGUAACCGUGACAACCUGGAGCAGGCGUUUGAGAUUGCAGAGUCGCUAGGGGUGACACGACUUCUGGAUGCCGAAGAUGUGGAUGUACCAUCACCGGAUGAGAAAUCGGUCAUCACCUAUGUGUCCUCAAUCUAUGAUGCCUUUCCCAAGAUCCCAGAGGGAGGAGAAGGCAUUACGGCACAAGAAGUUGACCAGCGAUGGGCAGAGUACCAGUCUCGUUUCUCCUCGUUGCUGCAGUGGACGAGGCAGCACACGGCCCUCAUGGCCAACAAGAACUUCCCCCAGAACCCUGUGGAGCUCAAGGCACUUUAUAAUGAAUACGUCCACUUCAAAGAAACCGAGAUACCUGCUAAGGAGACGGAGAAGGGGCACAUCGAACAUCUUUACAAGCUGCUGGAGGUAUGGAUCGAGUUCGGGCGCCUCAAACUUCCACAGGCAUUGCACCCUAAUGACCUGGAGGAGCAGUGGGGGAAACUGAUCCUGGAGAUGCUGGAGAGAGAGAAGGCACUGCGGCCUGCGGUGGAAAGACUGGAGUUACUCCUACAGAUGGCUAAUAAGAUUCAGAACAUGGCUGUGGACUGUGAGGAGAAACUCACCCUGGCUAAGAACACACUGCAGUCGGACAUGUCUCAGCUGGAGCGAGGAGAGCAAGCGCGCUGUGAGCAGGAGCUGGGUGCAUACCUGCAGGACUGCGAGGCUCUGCUCCGCCAAAUGCAGCUGGACCUGCAAAUCCUCCGAGAUGAAAAGUACUAUCAAGUAGAGCAGCUGGCCUUCAGAGUGACACGUCUGCAGGAGGAGCUGGUCUCCCUGCGACUGCAGUGCUCCAGUGUUUACAGAAAGGGCCACUUCCUGUCAGGAGGAAUGAUGGGAGAGCAGACUCAGAGGCUCUCCUCGGGGAGCUUGGCAACGCUUGGAGCGCAGACGUUGCUGGGGGCAGCAGGCGUCAUGGCGAACCUGCUCAGACGGCCCAUGUCUCGCUCCGAACUGGUGGCCGUGUCAUCAUCAGAGGACGAAGGGAGCCUGCGCUUCAUUUACGAGCUUCUGGGAUGGGUGGAGGCAACACAGGAGCUGCUGGAGCGGGCUGAGUGGGGCUCCGACCUGCCGUCUGUAGAUCAGCACCUGCAGGAUCACCACACCAUCCACACUGCCGUGGAAGACCUGCUGCACAACCUGAAGGAGGCUCGUAGUCAUGAGCCAAGUGUCUCUUCCAAUUUUCGAAGCAAUUAUUCCGAAACCUUGGCCAAGCUGGAGAACCAGUACUGCAAACUGCUCGAGCAUUCGUCAUGGCGACUGCGUUGCCUGGAGAGCUUGCGAGCGUUUGUGUCAGAUUGCACUGAAGAGCUCAUCUGGCUCAACCAGAAGGAAGAGGAGGAGCUGGCCUUCGACUGGAGCGAGAACAACACCAGCAUGGCUACAAAGAGAGAACAGUAUGCUGAAUUGAGGGCAGAGCUGGAGGAGAAACAGGAAGUGAUGCACUCCCUACAGGAAACAGCUGAUCAGCUGUGUCAGGAGAACCACCCAGCUAAACAGACAGUAGAGGCCUACAGAGCUGCCUUACAGACACAGUGGCAGUGGGUUGGACAGCUGUGUGUAUGCGUGGAGCAACACCUCAAGGACAACACCGCCUACUUUCAGUUCAUGACUGAUGCGCGAGAAUGCGAGACGUACCUGCGACAGCUUCAGGACACCAUCAAGCGGCAGUACACAUGCGAUCAAAACAGCAGACUGGGCAAACUGGAGGACCUGCUGCAGGACUCCAUGGAGGAGAAGGAGCAGCUGAUCAAGUACCGUAGUUCAGUGGCCAGCCUGGUAGGGCGGGCCAAGACAGUGGUCCAGCUCCGCCCACGUAGCGCUGAUUGUGUUCUUGGUACCACCACGCUCAUUCGUGGCAUCUGUGACUACAAACAAAUAGAGAUCACAGUCAGUAAAGGAGAAGAGUGCGUCUUAGAGGAUAACUCGCAGAGGACGAAGUGGAAGAUCAUCAGUCCGACAGGAAAUGAAGCCAUGGUGCCAUCAGUAUGCUUCACAGUUCCGCCACCCAACCAGGAGGCUAUUGACACUGCCAGCAGAACGGAGCAGCUGUACCAGAAUGUGAUGUCUUUAUGGCAUCAGCUGCACAUGAACAUGAAGAGUGUGGUGUCCUGGCACUAUCUGCAGAAGGACAUCAGCAACAUCUCUUCCUGGACUUUGGACACGAUGUGCUUCCAGUCUCCGUCUGACAGGCAGCAGGCCCUGGAUCACCUGGACGCCCACCUAGUGGAUUUCCUGGCAGACAGCCGCGAGAGUGCCUUGUUUACGGAGGCCGAGAAGUGCGAGCUCGAGCAGGGAGCACAGAACUGCCACAAGCACUGCCAAGCACUCCUGAUCUCCAUGGAGACGGUGGAGAAAGAUGAGUCGGUAUUGCGCUCCUACCUCUCAGAGCUGCAGAACAUCAAGUCUCACCUGCAGGAAGCAGAGCAGAAGCUGAUGAUUGGCAUGCAAACUCCGCCCCCUAGUGUUCUGUCAGGAGAAGGUGCGGGUGCAGCUGUUCAUAUUGCAGAGCAAGAGAAGCUGCAACAGCACCUGAAAAAUCUGCAGUCGGAUCUGGGUGACGUGUCUCGUCGCUGUGUGAGCUUCUUGGAGGAGAAGCCCUCCUCGUCCAGCGUGCCCGUGCUUCGCUCCGAGCUCAAUCUAGCCGUGGAGAAAAUAGAGCGACUCAACUCGCUGUCCUCUGUCUAUCUGCAUAAGUUGAAAACAGUCGAUGUGCUGAUGAGAAGCUUGCAGGCUGCCGAGAGUCAGGUGAAGAAGUACGAGGGACGAUUGAGCGAGGAGGACAUAGUUCCUGCUGAUACCACUGCCAUCCAGGCCUUGAGAGAACAGAUAAGGAAAUGGCAUUCAGAGCUGAAGGAGCAGGACCACAUCUUCCAGUCUCUGAGCUCGGAGGUGCAGCGGGCACGCGAAGCAGGUACCCAGCUCAGUCAGCUGCAUGCUGAGCGCAGUCCUGAGCUGGAGCGCUACCAGGAGAAAGCCCAGCAAAUCACAGAGAGAUGGAACGGACUACGCAGACAAAUGGAGACACGGCAAGCUGAUCUGGAGACGAUAGGCUCAGUGCUGCAGCAGUACCGAGACGGUCACUCUGGUCUUAUCCGCUGGAUCGAAGAGACCACUAAGAAACAGGAGAACACUCAGCCUGAGCAGACUGACAGCAAAGCCCUAUCUGAGCAGCUCUUCCAGCAGACGGCUUUGGUGGCUGAGAUUGAACAGAACCAAGUGAAACUGGACGAGUGCCAGACGUACUCUAAACACUACUGCACUGCUGUCAAGGACUAUGAACUGCAGCUGAUGACAUUUAGAGCUUUUGUGGAAUCGACUCAGAAGUCUCCAGUGAAAAGAAGGAGGAUGCAUUCUUCAUCAGACGCCAUAACACACGAGUUCAUGGAUCUUCGCACUCGCUACACAGCUCUGGUGACUCUGACAACGCAACAUGUCAAGUACAUCAGUGAUGCACUGCGGAGACUUGAGGAGGAAGAGAAACAAGUUGAGGAGGAGAGACAAGCCUGUGUCGGUCAGGUCUCAGACCUGCUAGGUUGGGUUGAGGGCCUUCAGGAGAGAGCUGCAGGACCAGCCGACACAUCGCUUGCUGCACAGCAGGCAAUCAGUGAGCAGUUGGCUUCGAAAAGAGAAGAAGUUGCUGAAGCAAUCAGAAGCACACAAGACUUCCUCCGUUCGAAACAAGCCAGCAAAUUGUCCCCUGAAGAGCGAGCCCAAGUUACUUCACAGCUGGAUGAACUGAAAUCUACUUACAGCCAGAUGUGCGACCGCUCUGCUGCUCAGCUGCAACAGCUCGAAGAACAGCUGGCCAAAGAGGAGAAACGAAAGGGCCAUGAGACCAUCGCUGGAGUAAUUGAUCUUGGUACUGUGGAAAUCUUCCCAGUUUUCCAGUCAGCACAGCGAGGCCUAAUAGACCAGGACACAUGCUAUGUGCUACUGGAGGCACAGCUUGUUAGGGGUGGUCUAUUACAUCCUGAUUCCCCUCAGGGUCUUUCAUUAGAAAAGAGUUUCUCCUCUGGUCUUAUCGAUAGCCGCAUCUACCAGUCACUAUCAGAACUAGAAGCUGCCCUCCAUCUUGUCCAACAGUCACAACUCGCAAAGAUUCACACGAUACCAGCUGUUGCCGCUAUGGAGGUGGGCUACAUAAAAGAACAAAUUGGGCUUCGUAUCCUGGAGCUGCAGGUGAGCACAGGAGGCUUUUGGGAUGAAUCCAAAGAUGAAAUACUUAAUCUUGAAAAUGCUAAAGACAAAGGUCUCAUCUCAGCUGCUGUUUAUGAGAAGUUACUCUCCCGUCUUGAUAGGCAAGAGCUUAUUGAUCCUAAUACAGCAGAAAAACUCAGUCUAUCGGAGUUUUAUCAGCGAUGUGUUUUGAAUCAGGAGACUGGUCUGCGUCUACUGCCAGUCAAUCAGCAGUCAAGGGGAACAAUCUGCUUACGAUCUGGUAUAAAAGUAGGCAUUUUCCGGGCAGUCCGAGAGGGACUGAUUGACCGGCAAGUCACUAUUCGACUUCUGGAGGCUCAGCUGUUUGCAGGUGGCAUCACCGAUCCCCGCACUGGUCACCGACUGACAAUAGAUGAAGCUGUGAGGCAUGGCCUUAUGGACCAGGACCUGGCCUGUGCCUUACUGAAUCACCAGUUACAAUCAGGGGGAAUCAUAGACCCAGUCAGUGGAGAGCGCCUGGAAUUAGAUGAAUCUAUCCAAAGAAACCUUCUCUCUCCUCGCAUGGCUUUAAGGGUGCUGGAAUCUCUCUGGGCUUUUAUGGGCAUGUUAUGGCCAGAGUCAGGGGAUCUGCUUCCUAUUACUGAAGCUCUACAGCAGGGUGUCAUUUCAGGUGACCUAGCUCGGAAAGUCCUAAAAAAGCGUCAUUCUGUUGGUGCUAUUUACUCUCCAGAAAGUGGUCAGUUGAUUCCUCUGGGCCAUGCUGCGAAAGUUUUGGGACCAGAAGCGGCAGAGGUUCUUCAGCAGACACAGAUUCCAGACAUUCUGCCUGCCAUGAUUCAGACAGGGUCCCUGCAGCAUCGGGGUCCUUCCUUUUCAUCCUCUUCAUCCCCUGCCUCACUCCCACACCUUCAAUCUGGUACUUCCUUUUUGGAGGCGUCCAGGCCCCAGGAGCAAGAUCUCCACUACCUCCUCUCUUACCUUAUGACACACAGCUACAUAAAUGCCCACUCAGGAGAGCGUCUGGUCCUGCUGGAGCCUGAACUGAUGGAGCUCAUUAAUGUAACUGGAACAACAAAAGAUCAAAAAAGACAUAAACCACAGUUGAAAGAGCCCUCUGACAGAGAGGCAGCAGGAGAACCUGAUUUUAUGAGGUCAUUAAGUGAAACAAAACAAGAAAACAUUCAAAUUCUCGAUGUGAAGGAAAGCACAACUUUCAACAUCUCUAGAGACGAUGAACAAGAAAAACACAUUCUUUUCGAAGAAGAUGGAACAGAUUUAACUGAUGAUAUUCAUAAGACUGCACUUAGGAAUGCUGAACCAAGAGUUGCAGGUGUUUCUUUAAAAGAAACAAGCACUGAUGGUACGUCAGUAAAGCUCUUAGAUACAGACUCCAAAGUAUCAGAGACAGAACCUGAGACAGAUCCUGAGACAUCACUCCUAUUUGUAAAAGACAUGAAAAUGUCUUCUGGUUCCACCUUUCAAUCACUGAGUCCAAACAUGGACGAAACAGGUAGGGGAGAAGAAUUCAUGGAGUUGACUGAACCAGCCUCUUGGCUUGAGCUUGAGAUGCCUACCUCGGCCUCAGAUAAGAAUAUGCUUUAUGAAAAUCAAGUGGAAUGUGUGCCAGCUGUGAAGAAAUUGAUAGAUUUAAAGAGAGAGAACUCUACUGUUAAAAAUAAAGAUCCUGUAGAAGAAAGUCAGCCUAAUCAACUUCAUAGAAAUGCUGGAGAAGGCUUACAAGUGAGGAAAACUGAAGUAUCAGAUGUAAAUAAACAAAUCUCAACUCAAACAGAUGCCAGCAGAAAAAUGGAAAGUGCAGACUCGUCGAAAAUGAAAGGGACCGUAUCUGUGGACAUUUCUGAAGACGCAGAGCUUGAUCGCAUGGCAGAGGAGUUGCUGCAGGGGGGUCUUUUGACUACUGGGACCCAGAAGUUACUCCUCGAUGAGGCUGUAUACCAGGAUCUGCUCCCAGUUAAUACUGCUGUAAAAGUAAUGUCUAAAGCAAAGCUUUUUGGUGGUUUUGUGGAUGUGCAUGCUUGUCAACCACUGAGCCUUGAUGAUGUUCUACAAGAAGGUCUCCUGGAUAAAGACUUAAUGGCCAAGGUUAUCCAAUCCGAAAAGACUAUGGCCGGUGUGUUUGAUGUGGAACAUGGUCGAAUAUGCUCAUUAAGGGAGGCUGCUAAAGAAGGGCUUUUAGAUACAGAUACAGUAUCUCGCCUUCUUGAGGCCCAGGUUGUCUCUGGGGGAAUUAUUGACCAUGAAAAAGGCAAAAGGGUUUCAGUUAACCUUGCAGCCAAACUUGGGCUAAUAGAGGAAGAGCAGAAAGAUGAGCUACUUUUAUUGGAGAAGUCAUGUCAUGGAAAGAGUUCUGAUCCACAUGCAAUACAAACAAAAUUGAAACUGCAACUACAGAUGAAUGGAAUAUUAGACCCCAAAACAAAACAGCCUGUACCUCUUCAACAAGCGCUUCAAAAAGGUCUUAUUGGUUAUGAGGAAACUGAGCAGAUCCUACUGCAACAGGUAGCUGAAGGUGGAAUUGCGCACCAUGGGUCUGGCGUUCGCCUCAGUGUUACUGAUGCGGUACGUCAAGGCCUCAUUGACAAUUCGCUUGCUCCAAAACUCAAGCAGUUUGAGAAGUCGAGACAAAACCAGUUUAGUUCAGAUCCAAAUGGUGCCUUUCUUCAGGCAGCUGUAGGCUUCAUUUAUGAUAGUGCUUCAAAGAGCAACCUUUCAUUGACUGAAGCUGUUUCCUGUGAUGUGAUAGAUCAAGGCACUGCGAAUAAAGCUAUGGAAUCUCCGAUUGUAAAAAGUGGUGUUUUGGAUCCUCAAAACGCUUGUGUUGUACCGUACUUGGAGCUAAUAAAACAGGGAAAGAUUGACAUUGAGACAGGUUGGAGAUUCCUUGAAGUAAGACCUUUCAGUGGUAUUCCAAACAAAGAAAAUGGUGACCUGUUGACUGUGCCAGAAGCAGUGAAGACUGGUCAAGUUGAUCCCAUUCCAGCGCUCAGAUUAUUGCAGAGUCAGGCAGAUUCUGGAGGUAUCAUCAAUAUUUCAAGUGGGGAAAAAUUACCUCUUCUAGAUGCUGUUGAUAAAGGCCUUGUUCAAAAAGAUGUUGCCAUGGUUAUUGCUAAUAAUCAGUUUUUAAAAGGUGGGUUGGUUAGCCCUGUCAGUGGUCAGAGGGUGUCGAGUCUUACGGAUGCUGUUCAGGAUGGGCUAAUCUCUAAAGAAAUGGCUGCAGAACUUUGUGAUAAAUUUGGACUCGUGGAUCCUCUUGCGUCACACAGUGUUUCAUUUCAAGGCAGUCCUACAGUGAGGAGUCGCGAAAACAGAGAAGUGAGCACAGUGCAUUUUGCCGACCCUGAAACGCCACACUCCAGGCCUACAGAUCACCAAAAAGAUCAAUUAGAGGACGAUACAGAUGAACAGCUACAGGCCUUUCAACGUUAUCCACCAUCUGAAUUGGUAGAACAAAUGCACAUGAAUGUUUCAUCAAGUGGAGUUGGGAAAGAUGCUGAUGUAUCAUUAGAGGUUCUAAGUCAGUUUGCUUUAAAAGCAGAAAGAAGGCUACAGGAGGCCAUUGAAGAAUGCAGUCCUAAACAAGAUAAAGUUAUUGAACCUCAGCAAGAGUUAAGACACAAACUUGUUCAGAUUCCACAAAUAUCUGCGGUUGAAUCUGAAGUUGGAAUAAGCUACGACAUUAUACCCCAAACCACAACGCCAGAUAUCCAAAUACAGCCAGCAGUUGAAAUGGGCGUAAACCUGGAAAACUAUGAGAAGAGUAACUUUAGCCUUGUCCCAGAAACCACAGACAAUGUGCAUGAUGAGCAAGCCCAGUCUGUCAAAAAAACAAAUGAGAUUACCAAGGCAGCAGAACUGCAGUCAGUGUCUGAUACAGAGACAAUCUGUGAAAGAGAAGAGAACUCUGACAAUAGAAAUGACAUGCCCAUAUCAACACUUACUGAGGGGCAGAAGAUGCCUGGAAAAAAGCGAGGAAAAGGAAAACAUAAAAUGCAAACCAAAAUGUGUACAGACAGUGAUAAAAGGUCAGAGGUACAACUACUAGAUACAAGUGUGACAUCACAGUUACAGGAUACUGAGGACAAAAAUGGUAUAAAAGUCUACUCGGAUGAAAAAUCUGGUGAACCCAAUAUAAAAGCAGAGAAACAGGCUGGAAUGGAUUUCGAAAUUAGAAGAACUCCAGUGGUGCAUGCAUCAUCUGAAGAAAUCAUUGCAAAAGGGUUUGGAAGUGAAGUUUUAGAUAUUGCCCCAAAAGAGGUCAAAGUAGAUCUAGACAUCGGAGAAGUUAGUGUGGUUACGGCUACAGAGGAUGCUAAAGGCAGCCACAUGAUAGAAGUAAAGAUUCUUCAAAAAUCUGAGCAUUGUUCAAAGACUCCUGAUGGGAAUGCAGCUUCACCUGUAUAUGGCACUGAGGAUAAGACUGUAAAAGCUGAUAUCGGCAUUGAUCAAAAAUGUUCCGAAGAUAAUUUGAAAAUGGAGGAAGAUGUCAAAGAGGUCACAGAGACCAAAUAUGGAAGGGGAGCUGUAGUGACUGAUCAGAAAUCUACAGAUCUGGACAUGAAAGGAACGGCUCAAGUGGAUUUGGAGGUUUUCAAACCUCCACGUUUGCACAUAACUAAACCUAUAGAGAGAAUGGACGCCAUGUUUGAAAAAGAUGCAGUCGUUAAUGAAAGAUCUGAAGCUAUGAACAUUAAGAAAGGGACCAGAGUGGUCGAGAUCGAUUCGGAGGCUAUAAAUGCUUCAGAUCUGACAGAGGCUUCUCUUAUAGAGGACACUGAGGAAAAGUUUAGAAAAGAAGUUGUUGCCCUUGAUCAAGAACGUGUCGAAGGUUUGAAGGAACGGAAAGACAUCAAGCUGGAUUUGGAGGUUCUAAAACCUCCAUGUAUGAGUGUGACUUUGGAAAGAAACAAAUUUGGAAAGAAAGUUGUAGUCACUGACCAGAAUUCUGAGGAUGUGACCAUGAAUAGCAAGCUUAAAGUAGAUUUGGAGGUUCUAAAAGCUGCAGAUCUGACAGAAGUUUGUCUUGAGGAGGAUAUCGAGGACAAAUCUGGAACAGAAAUUAUUGGCAUUCAUCAAAAAUAUGAUGUGGAUGUCAAAGAACAGAAAGAGGUCAAAGUAGAUGUGGAAGUUGUAAAGCCUAUAUAUAUGGGUGCGACUUCACCUAUAGAAGGCAUGGAAACCAAGUUUGGAAAGGACAUUGUAGUCACUGAGCAGAAAUCUGUAGAUGAGAAGAUGAAGAGAGACGCUGGUGAUCAAAAUUAUGUGGAAGAACGGAGGGAGGUUAAAAAGGAUAUGGAAGCUCUAAAAUCUCCAUGUACGAGCGUAACUUCACCUACAGAGGGCACCGAGAAGUUUGAAACUGACGUUAUAGUCACUGAUCAGAAAGAUGCAAGCUUUAGAGAUUUGGAAGUUUUGAAAACACCGGAUACAACAGAGGGUUCACCUGCAAAGCACAUGGAGAACAGAUUCGCAAAAGAAUUUGUUGACAUUGAUCAAAAAUCCAUUGAUGAAGAUGUGAAAAUAGAGAGACUGGUCAAAGCAGAGAUGUCAGAAGUACCAGGUACAACUGAUAGUAUUGAGUCUAUCCCAGAGGGUCUACACCAGAGAAUAGAGGUUGUGAAGAGUGUAGAAGUGAUGCAACAGAGGCAACAUAUGGAAAAUACAAGUCUGGGAGCUAAAAUAUCAAAACAUGACCCUGACAGUUUGGUGGAUGUGCCCAGAAACACAAAAGAUGAAUUGCAGAUUCAAUUACAUUCUACAGUCAUAAAUGAAAAGGUUAGCCAUGAAACAGAAUACUCUGAGGAUCAUGCUUCAGAUCAGUCAGACAAGAAGAGGAAGAAGAAAAGAAAAAACAAGAAGACCAAGAUGGUAAAUACCGAAAAGGAAUCCGAAGUUGAUGAGCCAGUGCAAAGCCCACCAGUUUAUGUCCCAUCUCAAAGUGAGACGUUCAGUGCAGUAAGAAAAGAUGGACUGGAACAACCUCAAAAACCUAACCAGGCACAGCUGGAGAAAGAAGCCCUUCUGAUGAAAGCGAAGGAAAGCAUUCUUAGGAAGGUCUUUGAGAGGGGUGUCAGUGAGAAACAGGCUGCUGAAGAGUUAGAGGUAUUACGUCAAGGGUCAGCUAAAGAACGACAGAAAAGUUCUUCACUCCAUGCAAAGGGCAGUGAGACUGCUGUAAUACAUCAGACAAAACAGAUAGACAUAAAUAAAAACCAGCUGCCAGGAGAUGUUUUAACUGGGACCAACAUUACACGAACUCAUUUCAGUUCGACAGACCCGACUAAUGAUGACUUUUACAAGAAGCAGGACUUAAGCUGUACCGACAGCUCAGAUGUUGCUAUGGACCCCAGUAAGCAAAUAUCAAAGCCCACUAUUGGUUUAGACGGGCAAGUUUGCGAAACAAGAACAAAAGAAACUGAACAUCUGAAAAGUGAAAAGCUAGGAGACUCUGCAGUCCGCAAGGAACCCUAUACUACUCUUACUGGGGAACAUAAAGACCACCAAAAAUCUGUGUCUGCUAUAACAUUAGCUAACCGUUCGGAUGCUGUACCACAGAGUGAAGUAAAUACGUGUGUACAUACCUCCAAAACAGAACUGGAGAAUACAAUUAGCAAGGAGCCACUGCAAGUCCUGACUAAGGAAUACUCUUACACUGACGAUGAAUUCAAAGACGAAUCGUCCAUUGAAGAGUCUUCAGAGUCAAGACCGUCUAAUUUAGAAGAGGUCCCUGAGUCUGAUACUACAGAGUGCUGGGAAGAGGAGGAUUUUGCAGAAUGUCAAGAGGGUGUAGAUGAAAAACAGACUGAAGACCUAGUCAAAAAACAGAGGACAGCCCCGCAGAUAAGCAAGUCCUCUUUGGUGCGUCAAGAAUGCCUAGAACAUGAUCAACAACUUGUAGCACUGCUCUCCAUGGUGCGGCACACUGAAGUCCGUCUUAAACAACAGCAGCAACAAUUUAUGGGGAGGAGUCUUGCCACACUUGAUGACAUCAUUAAACAGACAGAGGCUCUUGCGCUAGAGCUCACUGAUUUGGAGCCCCAAGUAAACAGCGAGGUUGAAGCAGCCAAGCAGCUCCUGGAGUCACACAAUGAGGAUGUCCCACCGCAGUUAGUCACAGCCCUGGAGAAGGACCAGCGGAGUUUGUCCCGUACGUUUAACGCGGCAAGAAAACUUGCCGAGAGUGCUCUGCAAGGGAUGCGAUCGCAUCGUGAUGCACAGAAAGAGGCGGUGCGUAGCGAGUUGGAGUCUCUGACUGGGAGAGUGGACGGUCUUCUUGGCUGGCUUAAAAACACAGAAGCUCAGUUGGAGCAAGAAACGGCUUCAUCUGAGGAUGGAAAGAUUCAAGAGAAUGAUGGAAGAACAUUAGUGUGGCUCACUCAAAAACUGCAACAGGUCAAGGAUCUACAGGAGUGUCUCACAACCCGCUCCAAUGAACUAAACGCUGUGGCGUUUGACAUCCAGGUGUUUAUCUCAGAGCGCGCACAGGAUCUAGCACCUGAGCAAAGCAGGCGUCUGCUGGGACAGCUGCAGCAGCUCCAGAGUGCCUUUCACCAGGCCUCGGGCCGCACCCAUGCGAGGGCCGAGGCCCUCUCGGUCCAACGAGUCCGAGAAGAGGAGCGAGAGCAGAAGGAACGAGAGAGGGAACAGGAGGAAAGAGAGAGAGAGAAAGAGAGACAGACUGCUAGGGAGAGAGAGGUAGUGCAGCAGGAGAAAGCAAAGUGCUCACAGAAGCUUGAAGGCCUCAGUAUGUGGUUGGCUGGUGCAGCGAGCCUGCUGGCCAGUCAGAGAACGGGAGCUGAGUCAGAUGAUGUGAAUGCACUUCAGCAAAAGCACAGUGAGCUCAAGGAGGUGCAGAAAGAUCUUCAGACCAAAGGUGAUGGCAUGAUGGAGACGAUUCGGUCUGUGGAAGAGUUCCUGGCUGAGCAUGGUGAGGAUCUGAGUCCAGAAGAAAGGGCUAACCUUCAAGCGGCACUGUCGCAUAUGAAAGAGCAAUACCAAACCCUCACAGGCACUGCCCAGUCGUCACUGGCUCAGCUGGACUCGACCAUCAACGCAGCACUCCAGCAAAACACACAAAGGGCUAAAGCCGAGGAGCAACUGCAGGAGACUCAGGGAAAAAUAGACAUGCUGCUUAAGGAGAUAUCCUCACUGGACACCUCUAGGAGGAAGUCGCUUGGUGAGACUGUUCUAGAUGCCAACGUGCCAAUGGGGUCACUGAGCUCACACAAUGACAUGCUGAAGGACGAAUUACAGCAGUUACAAGACCAGCAGGCUCACCUCCUACACGUGGCCCAGUCCACACGCUCUCUCCUGGAGCAGCCAGACUCCACUGUGCCCCAGGAGGAGAAGCAGCGCCUACGCGCCAAACUAGAUCACCUCCAGAGCCAGCACCAGGAACGUCUACAGAGCUGCCAGGAGAGACUACGACGGUCUGAAGCACUUCAGGAUGACCUCUCUAAAUUCAUGGAAGAACAUGGCAACCUGGGAGCAUGGCUGGAGCAGAGUGAGAGGGUGCUGUGUUCCUUAAAGGAAGGAGAAGCUGAUGCUCAGGGGCUGAAACACAGGCUCGAGGAGCACAAAAAGCUGGCAGAUGAUGUGAUCUGCCACAAGGCAGAUUUGCGCUUUGUGUCCAUUUCUGGACAGAAGGUGCUGGAUUCGAUACAAGGGACUGAGGAAAAGGUCGGUACUAUUGACCCGGCUCUACGAGACACAAGGCAGCUUGUCAGUGAUAAGCUACAAGAUGCAGUGCAACGCUACAGUUGCCUACAAAACAAGUCUGUCGAUCUUGGUACCCAUCUGUCCAGUCUACUGGAUCGGUACCAGCAGUACCAGGAUGAGGCUGCAGCUUUGGAUUCUUGGCUCAGUGCUCAGGAGCAGAACCAGAGCAUAUUGAAACCCUGUGGAGAGCAAACGGAUACACAGACACUACAAAAUACACUGAAUACUGUACAGGACGAGCUCGCCGAGCGCUCGGUGCAGUUGGAGAAGGUGAGGAAAGCUGGGAAAAUGCUCAGUAGCACCCAGGAAUCCCCCAAACUCAAAACAGCAGAUAUCAACACCACCACUGAUACACUUGAGAAGCGGUUUGGAACUCUGUCGGAGUGUGUGUCUCAGAGAGCCGAGCAACUCCAGACUGCAGUCGCUCAGUCUGUCAACGCUCAGGAGGGUCUCAAAGCACUGCUGUCCUGGCUGGAUGGUCUAGCAUUAGACCCUGGACCAGUCCACCCUACUGCCCAAGCAGUGCAGGAGGCCCUCACCCAAAAUCAGAAACUGCGGCAGGAAUUAUUGUCACGGCAGGGCAGUAUGGAGGCCACUCGUGACUCCGUGUCCAAGCUGCUGAAAUCUGCAGAUGCAUCUACAGUCUCUGGUCUGCAGGGGGCACUGCAAGACUUGAGUCAGCGCUACACCACAGCCCAGACCAUGCAGGCUGAAAAAGAAGCUGGACUGCGGGCAAUCCUGCCCAAACUGGAGGGCUUCGAGCGCCUGAGCUCGGACCUUCGUGACUUCACACAGAGCCGCGAGAGAGUUCUGAGCCUCGGGGGCCUGCCGGACCACAGCGUUGAGGAUUAUAGACAAACCAUAGAGGAGGUAAAAUCAGAUCUUGUCCAAGAAACAAGCCAGUUGAAGUCAUUUGUGGAGCUUGGUGCUGACCUGAGCAAGUCAAAGCUGUUUGCCAGUGCACACAGCCUCGUGGACUCAACCAAUGAGGUGUCUGAAAAGUUUGCUCGACUAGAAGCCAGCGUUAAUGAGAGACUGAAUGCCAUCCAGAGCUGUGACCAGCAGCUGGUGCAGUUCCGCUCGCUUUCCGGCUCCCUCCUCAGGUGGCUGCAGAUGGCACAAGAGCAGCUGCCUGCUAAAGAACCCAACCUCAACACAGAGGGCCUGCAGAGGAGAGUACAGCAGCUCAAGGACUUGCUGAGUGAGUGGGAGUCCCAGGGCAAUCAAGUUCAGGAGCUAAACAAGAGCAGCUCAGAGCUGGAGAGUCUGAUCAUCAGCAUCACUGCUCCACAAAGCAAGACUGGUGUCCCCACGCUCAAUGGUGCCGGUGGCUCCAGCAGUCUCAAUGGCAUUCACACCUGCAGAGAUCUAACGGAGAUACAGGUGGUGGUGGCGGACGUGAACAGCAGGUAUGAACAGCUGGGUGGGGAUCUUCAGGAGAGGCAGAGCAAGCAGCAGGCUUCUCUGGAGCUGUGUCAGAAGGCCAGGCAAGACUCUGAGGCUCUGCACCAGUGGCUGGGUCCUCGGGAACAGAGCCUGGCACAGGGGCAGACUGCAUCGCCCUCGAGGCCUGAGGUGGUGCGUGCCCAGGCCCGGGAGAACAAGGCCUUGCUGUCUGAACUUGCAGAGCAUUCUGGGAAAGUUGAGGACCUAAAGAACACCCUAAAGCAACUGAUACAAGAAAAUCCUGACUCCCCUGAAGCAGAGAUCUGGAAACAACAACUAAAGGACAUCGAAUCUCGAUGGGAGAAAGCCAAUCAGACCGCAGCACAGAGACAGACAGAACUGGAGACGUGUGCUGACAGACUGGGCAACUUUGCAUCAGCAGCCAGUCAGCUCGGUCCCUGGCUGCGAGAGAAGGAGCUGAUGAUGAGCGUGCUGGGUCCCCUGAGCAUCGACCCUAACAUGCUCAACACUCAGAAGCAACAAGUGCAGUUUAUGCUGCGUGAAUUUGAGACACGGCGUGCCCAGUUCGACCAGCUGACCCAGGCUGCAGAGGGUAUCCUCUCACCUGUUGAAGUGCAGGGCUCUGGAGACAGCCAGGAUGUAGCCGAGGUGAAGCAGGAGCUGGCCUCCAUCACCCAGCAGUGGGAGGACCUGACUUCUCGCCUGUCUGGACGUUCCGACCAGAUCGAGCGUGCUCACGGCACCAGCGAGGACUUCCAGGCUCUGCUGAAGGAGCUGUCCCAAAGUUUGUCCCAGUUGGCUGAGAAGCUGGAUGCCCAGGCCCCGCUUAGUGCCCAGCCUGAGGCCCUGCGCCAGAGGCUGAAGGAGACGGGAGAGAUCCGUUCAGAGCUCGAGCAGAGGAGAGACCAGCUGGCCCAGGCAGAGCAGCUGUGUGCAGAGCUCAGCGAAAUUGUGCUGGAGCCCUACCUCCGAGAAGAGCUGCAUAAGAGACUAGAGAGCGUCAGUGGCCCACUCAACAGCCUUGAGGAAAGAGCAGCCGAUGGCCUGUCCCAGCUGCAGGCUGCUCUCUCGAGCACACAGCAGUUCCAGCAGAUGUUUGAGGAGCUCCGUGCCUGGUUAGAUGGGCAGGCUGCUGCAAUUACACCCAGCAUGUCUGACCCUCUCCCCUGCCAACCUGAAGUUCUGCAAACCCUCCUUGCCCAACAAGAAGAGCUCCAGCGUGGUGUGGCACAACAGCGAGGGUCAUACGAGCUCAUCCAGGCUGAGGGAGCAUCUAUCCUGGCAUCACUUCCUGCUGGAGAGGAGCGCUCAGGUCUGCAGACUCGACUCACCAAACUGCGCCAGGACUGGGAGGAAGCAAACCAGCGCUUCACAGAAAAGCAAGCACAUAUCAAAGAGACACUUGGCCGUGCCGUACAGUACAGGCAGCAUCGUGAUGAACUGGAUCCCUGGCUGAAGGAGUUUGAGCAGAAAGAGUCCGAGAUCCAACCUUCUCUGGAGCCCGCUGCCCUUGAAGAAGCCCUGCAGAAAGCAAGGCAGUUUGGCCUGGACUUAGAUCGCCGUCGCCCCCUAUUGGAGGCUCUGAAUUCUGCCGCUGACCAGCUCCUGGAGCAGAGCCGGACUGGAGAAGAGGAGGUGAGGGAUGAGAAAGCUCAGCUGAACCGCAGGCUGGAUGGCCUCUCUGAGAGAUUACAUGGACGCAUGGCUCAGCUGGAGGAGCUGAACAGCAGGCUGAAAGAGUUUGAAGAUGGUAGACUGGCGGUGGAGAGAAGACUGGAGGCAGCCAAGCAUCAGCUGGAGGUUCAGGAGGCGUUGGGCCCUCAGGCAUGCAGUAACAAGAGUCUGGAGCGCCUGCGUAGCCAGCAGGAGGCUCUCGGCUCCCUACAGCCACAAGUGGUAUAUCUGCGGGAUCUGGCCAAGGGGCUGGCCCAGGACGCACCUCAGACGACAGGAGACAGUGGAGAUGGAGGACAGAAGCUGGUGCAACAGGCUCAAGACACAGAGAGGGAGUUUGGAGAAGUGACUGAGAAGAUCGAGCAGUGCUGCUCUUCCCUAGAGUCACGCCUGCAGGGCGUAGGAGAAGUCCAGUCACAUGUCCGUGAUGUCUUCUCACGCCUGGCGGACUUGGACGACGAGCUGGACAGCCUGAGCCCUGUGGGGCGGGACGUGGACUCCCUGGCCUCGCAGGCAGAUGCAAUAAGAGGAUUCCUGGGGCGUCUGGCCUCCCUGCGGACUGAGCUUGAAGGCCACGGCGGUGCCUGCACAGCCAUGCUGAGGCGAGAGGGUAGCUCCCCUGAUCUCCUCGCUCUCAGGAGGGAGACGGAGGCUCUGAGUCGCCAGGCAGCUAAGCUGGCCGAGCGGGGUCAUGGUCGCCUAGCACUCAUAGAAGAAGCUGAGGAGCGAGUGAAGGAGUUCUACGCCCGCCUCACGGAGCUACAGGGGCUACUUGGCCGGGCGGAGGAAGGGCUGAAUGCACAAGGCGUAGUGGGAACUGAAGUGGACAUCAUCAGACAACAGCUCCAGGAAUUUAAGGCUGUGGAGCGAGAGCAGGUAGACAGUAUCCAACCCAAACUGCACCACGUGAAUGCUGUGGGUCAGGGGCUAAUCCAGAGUGCAGCUAAACACACAGACACACAGGCUCUGGAGCAUGACCUGGAAACCACCAACCUGCAGUGGAACUCCCUCAACAAAAGGGUCGCCGAGAGAAUCGCUCAGCUCCAGGAAGCCCUUUUGCAUUGUGGGAAGUUUCAAGAUGCUCUGGAACCUCUGUUAAGCUGGUUAAGUGACACAGAGGAGCUGAUAGCCAAUCAGAAGCCGCCAUCAGCUGAGUACCGUGUGGUUAAAGCACAAAUCCAAGAACAGAAGCUGCUGCAGCGUUUGCUGGAUGACCGGCGUGGGACCGUAGAGAUGAUCCGGGCUGAAGGUGAGCGCAUCGCAGCCACAGCAGAGACACAAGACAGAGAAAAGAUCCAGAGACAGCUGCGAAGCUUGGGAGAACGAUGGACAGAUCUGCUGGAGAAGGCCAAUGCCAGGCAACGUCAGCUAGAGGAGCUGCAGGUUCUCGCACUGCAGUUCCAUGAGUCAGUGGAGCCUUUGGGAGAGUGGCUAAAUGCCACAGAGAGACGCCUGAGCUCCGCUGAGCCCAUGGGAACCCAGGCUUCCAAAAUUAGCCAGCAAAUCAACCGUCACAAGGCCCUCCAAGAGGAGGUGUUGUCUCGGGAAAAAGAGGUGGAACAUCUCGAGGCCCUUGGCCAAUCUCUCUCCCCUCUCAGCUGUGCAGUAGACCACGAUUGGCUCAGUGAGCGAGUGGGAGCAGUGCGCAGCGGGCACACGGAGCUGCGUAAUUGGUGCUCUCGGCGAGCGGCCAUGUUGGAGCAGGCCCUGGCCAAUGCACAGCUGUUUGGGGAGGAGGAGGUGGAGGUGCUGAACUGGCUGGCUGAGGUGGCCCAGCGCCUGGCUGAAGUCUCAGUGCAGAGCUACCAGCCCGAGCUGCUGGCUGAGCAGCACAAAUACACUCUGUCUCUGAACGAGGAGAUUGUGAGUCGGAAGAAGACAGUGGACCAGGCCAUUAAGAAUGGACAGGCUUUGCUGAAACAGACCACAGGUGAAGAAGUGCUGCUCAUCCAGGAGAAGCUGGAUGAAAUAAAGAGGCGAUAUGCAGAGAUGACAGCAGGCAGUAGCAAGGCCCUCCGUAACCUGGAGCAGGCACUGCAGCUCGCCACCCGAUUCGCCAGCGCCCACGAGGACCUCAACCAGUGGCUCGACUCUGUGGAGGCAGAGCUUAACAACAUGGAGCCAGACACAGCGCCAGCCUAUCAAGACAGACAGAAGGACCUGAAGUGUGUGUCGGCUGAGAAGCGUCUCAUUCUGGACACGGUUAAUGAGGUGGGGAGUGCACUGCUGGACCUGGUGCCCUGGAGAGCACGUGAAGGUCUGGACCGUCUAGUGGCCGAUGCCAACCAACGCUAUCGGCAGGCCGACGAGACCAUUACGCAGAGAGUGCAACUCGUGCAGGCGGCGAUCCAGAGGUCACAACAGUAUGAGGAGGCUGUGGAUGCGGAACUGGCGUGGGUGGGAGAGACGGAGAGGAAGCUGGCUUCCCUGGGGCCUCUGAGUCUGGAACCUGACGUGACCGUGGCUCAGCUCCAAGUCCAAAGAGCCUUCAACAUCGACAUCAUCCGCCACAAGGAUACGGUAGAUCAGCUCCUCCACACUCGAGAGGAUAUCCUGGAGAGCUGCAGUGAGCAGCAGAGAGAAGCACUGAAGGUAAAGACGGAUUCACUGAGUACUCGCUAUGAGGCAGUGAGUCAGAACCAUGCCGAAAGAUUCUCAGCACUGGAACAGGCUCAGGUGCUGGUGGCCCGCUUCUGGGAGACGUAUGAGGAGCUGGACCCAUGGCUGGGUGAGACAGAGGCACUGAUUACCCAGCUGCCUCCUCCUGCCAUUGACACCGAGGCUCUCCGACAACAACAGGACCAGAUGAGGCUGCUAAGAGAGUCUAUCGCUGAGCACAAGCCCCAUAUUGACAAGCUGCUGAAGAUUGGCCCACAGUUGGCUGAGCUAAGUGCCCAGGAGGGGGCGAAGUUGAGGCAGCGCUACAGCGAAGCGGAACGACGCUACCUGGCCAUCAAAGAGGAUGUCAAAGGUCGAGCUGGAGCACUGGAUGAGGCCUUCUCUCAGUCUGCACAGUUCCAUGAUAAGAUGGACCCCUUGUUGGAGACCCUGGAGGGAGCAGUGCAGCGUUUGCGGCAGCCUCCUCCUGUGGCAGCUGAGGUGGAGAAGAUCCGUGAACAGUUGGCAGAGCACCGGGCGGCCGGGCUGGAGCUGGACAAACUGCUGCCCUCCUUUAGUGCCCUGUGUUCCCGUGGGGAAGAGCUCAUCACCCGCGCAGCACAUGACGACCCUGCUGCUCAGGCGGUGCGCUCUCGACUCCUCAGACUCCGCUCCCUGUGGGAUGAGAUCAGACAGAGGGCAGAGGAGAAAGAAGGAAAACUGCAGGAUGUACUGGACUUGGCUGGAAAGUUCUGGGCUGAUAUGGCAGCCCUGCUGAGCACACUGCGAGACUCUCAGGAGAUUGUGAAAGAGCUGGAGGACCCUGGAGUGGAUCCGUCACUGAUCAAGCAACAGAUAGAGGCAGCAGAAGCCAUCAAAGCAGAGACAGACGGCUUGAGGGAGGAGCUGGAGAUUGUUCGCACACUGGGAGCUGACCUCAUCUUUGCUUGUGGAGAAACUGAGAAACCCGAGGUCAAGAAGACCAUCGAUGAGAUGAAUGCGGCCUGGGAAGGCUUGAACCGCACAUGGAGAGAGAGGAUGGAGAAACUGGAGGAGGCUAUGACAGCCUCUGUGCAGUACCAGGACGCUCUGCAGGGUAUGUUCGACUACAUAGACAACGCUGUCAUCAAACUGUGCGACAUGCAAACCGUAGGAACUGACCUCAGCACCGUCAAACAACAGAUAGAGGAGCUCAAGCAAUUCAAGGUUGAAGUGUACCAGCAGCAGAUAGACAUGGAGAAACUGUGCCACCAGGGGGAGCUACUGCUCAAAAAGGUUUCUGACCAAGCAGACAGAGACAUGAUCCAGGAACCUCUCACUGAGCUCAGGCACCUGUGGGACAAUCUGGGAGACAAGAUCACUCUCAGACAGCACAAACUUGAAGGAGCUCUUCUAGCCCUGGGUCAGUUUCAGCAUGCUCUCUCUGAGCUGCAGUCCUGGCUAAGCCACACACGUGCCACUCUGGACACCCAGAGACCCGUCAGCUCUGACCCCAAAGCCAUCGAAAUUGAGCUGGCCAAACACCAUGUGUUGCGGAAUGACGUCCUGUCCCAUCGAGCCACGGUGGAGACGGUGAACAGUGCAGGCUCAGAGCUGCUGGAGUCCAGUCCUGGAGACGAGGCUAGCCACCUGAGAGACCAGCUGGACGAGCUGAACCGUGGCUGGGACAGCUUACUCCUGAAGACAGACGAGAGACAGAAACUACUAGAGACUGCGCUGCAGCAGGCGGAGGGUUUCCAUGGUGAGCUGGAGGAGUUCCUGCAGUGGCUGAGGCGCACAGAGAGUCAGCUAUCAGCAGCCAAACCCACAGGUGGCCUUCCAGAGACGGCCAGGGAGCAGCUGCAGCAGCACAUGGAGCUGCAGGCUCAGUUGACGCAGCGUGGUGAGCAGUACCACCAACUGCUAGAUCAGGGAGAGUCCAUGCUGUUGGCCAGAGGGGGUGAGGAGGGCAGCCCUGGAACCACUCAAACCCAGCAGAACCUGGCUCUGCUUCAAAACAAGUGGGCCAGUUUGAAUGCCAAGAUGGAUGACAGGAGGGCUAAGCUGGAGGAGGCUGUAUCACUGGCAACAGGGUUCCAGUCAUCACUGCAGGACACCAUCAACUGGCUGACGCAAGCAGAGCAGACUCUGAACAUGGCCCAGCCACCUAGCCUCAUCCUUGACACUGUCCUCUUCCAGAUAGAUGAGCACAAGGUGUUUGUGAAUGAGGUGAACACACACAGGGAGCAGGUACUGGCUCUGGAGAAGGCUGGUUCUCAGCUGCGCUUUGCCAGCCUCAAACAGGACGUGGUGCUCAUCAAGAACCUGCUGCUGAGCGUGCAAGCUCGCUGGGACAAGCUAGUGCAGAGGUCUCUGGACAGGGGACGGCAUCUGGACGAGGCCCGCAAGAGAGCCAAACAGUUCCAUGAGGCCUGGAGGAAGCUGACAGACUGGCUGGAGGAGGCUGAGAAAAGACUGGACUCUGAGUUGGAGAUCUCCAAUGAGCCUGAUAAAAUCAAAGUGCAGCUCACUAAACAUAAGGAGUUUCAGAAGGCUCUUGGUUCUAAGCAGCCAGUAUAUGACACCACAGUGCGCUCUGGGAAGGCCAUGAGAGACAAAGCUACACUGCCAGCUGACACCCAGAAACUUGACAACCUCCUCGGGGAGGUCCGAGACAAGUGGGACACUGUGUGUGGGAAGAGUGUUGAAAGGCAGCACAAGUUGGAGGAGGCCCUGCUGUUCUCGGGUCAGUUUGCUGAGGCUCUGCAGGCUCUUGUGGACUGGUUGUACCGCAUAGAGCCACAGUUAGCUGAAGACCAGCCUGUCCAUGGAGACCUGGACCUCGUCUCUAAUCUCAUGGAUUCCCAUAAGGCCUUCCAAAAAGAGCUGGGGAAAAGGACCAGUAGCAUUCAGGCACUGAAACGUUCUGCCCGGGAGCUCAUGGAGACAGGCCGGGAUGACACCGCCUGGGUCAAAGUUCAGCUGCAGGAGCUCAGCAAUCGCUGGGAGACGGUCUGCGCUCUGUCUGUCUCCAAACAGACCCGUCUCCAGCAGGCUCUCAAACAGGCUGAGGAGUUCCGCACAGCAGUGCAGAUGUUAUUGGAGUGGCUUUCGGAGGCAGAGCAAACCCUGCGUUUCCGAGGCAUCCUGCCAGAAGAGGUGGAGACCUUACAGGCCUUGUUACACACGCAUCGUGACUUCAUGCAGACCGUGGAAGAGAAGAGAGUGGAUGUGAACAAAGCAGCUGGCAUGGGGGAGGCCAUACUGUCAGUGUGCCAUCCCGACUGCAUCACCACCAUCAAACACUGGAUCACCAUCAUCAGAGCCCGCUUUGAGGAGGUUUUAACAUGGGCGAAGCAGCAUGAGCAGCGGCUGGAGACAGCGCUCGUAGAGCUACUCAACAAUGCAGCACUGUUGGAAGACCUGUUGUCAUGGCUACAGUGGGCGGAGACUACAUUAGUGCAACGUGACACUGAGCCCCUCCCCCAGGACAUCACUCAACUUAAAACACUGAUCACAGAGCACCAGGUUUUCAUGGAGGAGAUGACUCGUAAACAGCCUGAUGUAGAUAAAGUAACAAAAACCUACAAGAGAAAACCAUCAGAAACUUCUAGCAGUCUUGCUGAGAGACGGGGUGCCCGUAAGCAGCAACAGCAGCAGCAGCCUGCCAUGCAGGUAACCGGAGGAAACCCUCGUCUUAACCAGCUCUGCUCACGAUGGCAACAGGUUUGGCUACUGGCCCUGGACCGCCAGCGCAAGCUCCAUGAUGCCCUCGAUAGGCUAGAAGAGCUGAAAGAAUUUGCCAACUUCGACUUUGAUGUGUGGCGGAAGAAGUACAUGCGCUGGAUGAAUCAUAAGAAGUCUCGUGUCAUGGACUUCUUCAGACGCAUCGAUAAAGACCAAGAUGGCAAAAUCACUCGGCAGGAAUUUAUCGACGGCAUCCUGGCUUCAAAAUUCCCCACCAGCAAACUAGAGAUGACCGCAGUGGCUGAUAUCUUUGACCGCGAUGGUGACGGUUACAUUGAUUACUACGAGUUUGUGGCAGCUCUGCACCCUAAUAAGGAUGCUUAUAGACCCACUACAGAUGCAGACAAGAUUGAAGAUGAGGUCACCCGACAAGUGGCCCAGUGCAAGUGUGCUAAGAGGUUCCAGGUUGAGCAGAUUGGGGAGAACAAGUACAGGUUCUUCCUUGGGAACCAGUUUGGGGACUCUCAGCAACUGCGUCUGGUGCGCAUCCUGCGCAGCACAGUCAUGGUUCGUGUGGGAGGGGGCUGGAUGGCGCUGGACGAGUUCCUGGUCAAGAACGACCCUUGCAGAGUGCAAUAUCCAGGACUUAAAAUCCUUCGCUCCGACUCCAGCUGCUCCAUAUCAUCCCGUAUAGCACGUGGACGUACCAACCUGGAGCUGCGGGAGAAAUUCAUCCUUCCCGAAGGAGCCUCGCAGGGUAUGGCAGCCUUCCGCUCCCGUGGCCGACGCUCCAAGCCUUCAUCGCGCACGGCUUCACCAACACGCUCCUCCUCCUCAGCCUCUCAGAGUGCGCAGAGCUGUGCCUCGGUGCCUUCUGCCCCUGCCACGCCCACUGCCUCUUCAAGGUCCUCCCAAUCUCAAUCGCGGGGCUAUGCCAAGCCCUGGCUGGCACACAGUAAAACUCCAACUACAACCAAGUGCCAGUCCUGCCCUGAGCACGGCCACGCCCCUGGGCACGAGGGAGGCUCCACAUCCAAGCUUAAAAGGCCACCUUUACAUUCCAGCCGUGGAUCUUUGACGGGAGAAAAUGGUGGAACCACACCUGCUGCUAAACCUGCGCGCUCUGACAAUAAGCGCACUGCGUCCUCAGCCAGCGGACCCGCUAGCCGUGCAGGCAGCCGUGCUGGGAGCAGAACCAGCAGUCGCAGGGGCAGCGACGCCUCGGACACUUCUGAGCUGAUGGAGACACGCUCAGCCUGCUCCGACACUUCAGACACACCGCGCCGCCCAGGUGCCAAACCCUCCAAAAUCCCUACCAUCUCCAAGAAGACUCCCAGUCCCAAAACGCCGACGACCAAGAAGUAGCGGGUUUUCACCGUAAACAGGUGGAGACGAGGGACAGGAGCACAGGGUACUGAUGUCGAUGCUGCACCAACCUACCCGGCACAAGCAUGUAGGAUUGAUGAGAAUAGAGAACUGGAACAUCUCUAACUACUCCAGCUGUACUAAAAUUACCUAGACAGUGUUGACCCCAGAACCGUCCUCGACAACUAACAUAACAGUGCUGCCUUAUUUGUGUUAUAAUUUGACUGACUUCUUAGUUUCUUGAACAUGUGACUGAGCUGGAAAGCUACUGACACGUACGCACAUGGACACGUGGAGUGGCACUACCACUGGAACUGGGAUUUUAUCUCAGCCCCGUCAAUAUGCAAUGGCAAGCCACUCUUUAGCGCUGAGACUGGGAGAUGGUACAGCCACGAUUCCAAUACUGACUCUCAUAGGCACACGUUCCUUUAGGAUUUCACAGUGGUAACGAUUCUGACCUUUUCUCCACUGUAUGCAAAGCUACUUGUUGUUUUACAGAUUUUAUUCUGAAACGACUCGAGAACCUCACUAAAUAUCCUGCACCUAGACCAUGUGGUGUGUGUGUGUGUGUGUGUGUGUGUGUGGUUUGUGUGCUAGUUUCUUUCAUGGUUGACAAACUGAACAGCAGUUCAUGGAAGCGAUGAGUGAUCCAUCAUCUCAUCCUUGCUAGUGAGUCCGAAGCUUGGUCAUGUGACCACGGCUUCAUUUUUGUUGUCUCAACAAAGCGUCCAUUAACACUCACUGACGGCAUUCGAUGUCCAUCCAACAAACGUAGAAAGUCCUAAAUCCUGAGAGCACUUAAGUGACUCGUACGGAAGAAUUUCACACAUGCACUGACAUUUUCUUUCCUUUGAAGCCUGAUGCUAAUAAAAUCGGGCGUACUCACCCGUGUGUUUUAACCAUGAUUAGUUACACAUAUCAUGUUACAGAGGUCUUUUAGUUGCUUCACACGUUGAGAAACUCUUCAAGAAAUUGUGAAUGUUUCAUGGUUAAUUUAUAAUCCUAAUGUAUUUUGUUUUGCUUGUGUAUUUAUUUUUCAUUACAGUAUAAUAUCACAUUCUGGGCAACUCUAGUAUUACAUUAUGUCUGAUAACCUUUUUGUGCUUUUUUUUUGUUGUUGUUGUUGUUGUGUUUCUGCCUUUGUGCUAAUGAUUUUUCUGAUAAUGGUCAUUACUGAUAUAAUGGACCAUGAAGCUGACUGAUUUCAAUGGUGGCCUUUUUGUCAGAGAUUACAGCCUCUAGAUCAUGUCAAAAAGAAUUGCUUCCCACUUUGUUGGAAGCUCGUACAGAGUACGAGUCGGAUCGCGGGGAUUUGACCACAUAUCCCAUGAAACGACCGUUCACAUAGCCUUGUCUUUGACAAGCUGAAGCAUAUGAAUAUCUAAUGAAAGUGAAAUCAGAAGGUAAUUUUUAUUUAUUUAUUGUGUCUAAGGGAGGGGAGGGGGGUAAGGGCUAUGAAACGGAUUCACAUUUUGAGUCUGUGCAACGCAACUCUCUCGGUAUGAUGAAGAGACAAAAGAGCAGGGUGCGAUUGUGAAAAGUUAAGAUUAUAAAAGUCUUUUUUUUUUGUUCUCUUUUGUAUUAAAAUUAUGCUUGCAGUAAA